GAUGGCGGCGUCCGUGGGGCCGGGUUGUUUGAGGUUGCUGCGCGGGGUCGCGCCGUGGCGGAGCAGGCGCCAUCACUGUGAAGACAUUGCCCUGAGCCAUUUCCUUCAGUCCUUAAGGAAGCUGCCUCUCAGAACCUUUUCCACAAAUGCCAGAAGAGUCCACACUGCCCCUGCCCGAACCUUGUCCCUGCUGCGCCCCCUGCUCUUUUUGGUCGCGACGGGUGGCGGGUACGCAGGUUUCCGGCAGUAUGAGAAGUACCAGGAGCGAGAAUGGGAGAAGCUGGGCUUGGAGAUCCCACCCAAACUUGCUGGUCACUGGGAGGUGGCCCUGUACAAGUCGGUGCCGACGCGCUUGCUAUCGCGGGCUUGGGGCCGCCUCAACCAAGUGGAGCUGCCACACUGGUUGCGCAGGCCCGUCUACAGCCUGUACAUCUGGACUUUCGGGGUUAACAUGAAGGAGGCCGCCGUGGAGGACCUGCACCACUACCGCAACCUCAGCGAGUUCUUCCGGCGCAAGCUGAAGCCACAGGCCCGGCCCGUGUGCGGCCUGCACAGCGUGAUCAGCCCAUCGGAUGGGAAGAUCCUCAACUUCGGGCAGGUGAAGAACUGCGAGGUGGAGCAGGUGAAGGGGGUCACCUACUCGCUGGAGUCGUUCCUGGGCCCUCGCACCCCCGCGGAGGACCUGCCCUUCCCACCAGCCACCUCCUGUGGCUCCUUCAGGAGCCAGCUGGUCACCCGAGAAGGGAACGAGCUCUACCACUGUGUCAUCUACCUGGCCCCCGGGGACUACCACUGCUUCCAUUCCCCCACUGACUGGACUGUCUCCCACCGGCGCCACUUCCCAGGCUCCCUGAUGUCCGUGAACCCCGGCAUGGCCCGCUGGAUCAAAGAGCUCUUCUGCCACAAUGAGAGGGUAGUCCUGACUGGGGACUGGAAACAUGGCUUCUUCUCACUGACAGCUGUGGGGGCCACCAACGUGGGCUCCAUCCGCAUCUACUUUGACCGGGACCUGCACACAAACAGCCCACGGUACAGCAAGGGCUCCUACAAUGACUUCAGCUUCGUGACGCACACGAACAAGGAGGGCAUCCCCAUGCGCAAGGGCGAGCACCUGGGCGAGUUCAACCUGGGCUCCACCAUUGUGCUCAUCUUCGAGGCCCCCAAGGACUUCAACUUCAAGCUGAAAGCGGGACAGAAAAUCCGAUUCGGGGAGGCUCUGGGCUCUCUCUAGAGCCCCUUUCAUGGCCACAGCUGCUGAGGGGUCUUUUCCACAGAAAUGUGAGGGUCUUUUCAAGGGGAACCUCUGAGGCUAUCUAGGGAGGGGACCAUCAGGUCUGACCAGGCAGGACCUGGGUGACUUCUGUCCCUGCUGCCCAGGGUGCAGACAAGGUUGUCAGAGCCCCUUUCAUG